GUUGAAGUAGCAGCUACAAUGAUUGGAUGCUGGGGAUGGAGGUAGAGUAGAGCAUCUGUGUAAACUGUUUAUCAGCUGGGGGUGUACAGAGCGUUAGAGUUAGAUUUAAUCACAGUCCGGAUUAUCGACAGCUAAGCCUGUCAGUGUGACACUUUGAGUGAACAGCUGAACUUGGAAAGGCUUCACAGCCUGGAAACCAGCAGGAAGAUGCAGGUGAGGGACUGUCUGAUUUCUGCCCCCGGGAAAGCGAUCCUCCACGGAGAACAUGCUGUUGUUCACGGGAAGGUGGCUCUUGCUGUAAGUUUAAACCUGAGAACAUAUUUGCAAUUGAAGGCGAAAGAUGAUGGCAAAGUUUCCAUUAAGCUGCCUAAUAUCGAGACCUUCGUCAGCUGGGAGCUCUCCGAACUAAAGCAGCUGAUCCCCUGUUUUAGUGAUAAAAAAGAAGAGGUACAACGUCUGGAUCCUGAACUAGUGAAGAGACUGCGUGAAUUUAUGGGUGUGAACAAUGGAAAUUUGGACAGCAGUACUACAGCCACCUUAGCCUUCCUCUACAUCUACCUAUCACUUUUUGGAUCAGGAGAGAUGCCCAGUCUGACAGUGUCUGUGUGGUCAGAGCUGCCGACCGGAGCAGGGCUGGGCUCAAGUGCUGCAUACUCUGUGUGUUUAGCUGCAGCUCUUCUCUGUGUGAGUGGAAAGAUUCCCGCUCCUCUCAAAGAUGGGGAGCAGACUGCCAGAUGGUGUCAAGAGGAUCUGGAGCUCAUCAACAGUUGGGCCUUUCAAGGGGAGAAGAUCAUCCAUGGAAAUCCCUCAGGAGUAGACAACGCUGUAGGAACAUGGGGUGGUAUGCUGAGAUUUCUAGCUGGAAAGAUAAUACCCCUGAGCAGGGUGCCGCUCUUAAGAAUCCUCCUCACCAACACCAAAGUACCACGGAGCACCAAGGUACUCGUUGCCAGGGUGAAGGACAAAAUUAACAAGUUUCCUUCUAUCAUGAUUCCUGUACUGGAUUCAGUUGAUGCCAUUUCUUGCACCUGUGAAAAAGUCCUAACAGAGAUGACUUGUGAGCCUAUCACAGGAGAGCACUAUAAUAUUUUAGAGGAGCUGAUUGACAUCAACCAACAUCAUCUGAAUGUGAUGGGUGUAGGACAUCCUUCUUUAGACAUAUUGUGCAAGGUUACAGCUGCCAGAGGGCUUCAUAGCAAGCUUACAGGAGCAGGUGGAGGAGGCUGUGGCAUUACGCUCCUGAGACCAGAGACUGAUUUAGUGACUGUCCAGGGUACGGUGAAGGACCUGAGAGACUGCGGCUUUGACUGCUGGGAAACAAGUAUUGGUGGACCAGGUGUGCAGCAGCACUUCCCCUUCUCUGUUAAAGAGGAAAUUCUGGAGGUUUUAAAUCGGUAUUGAGGCCUACUGGUUGCUGAGAACAAAGAUUGAUUCAUACACUGUUGGACUUUUAUUUGAUGCCUGAAAAGCUGUGAUAUACUGAACUAAUUAUGUUGCUUGAGAUUACCCAAGUAAAGAAAACAAAAACAUUGUUUACAAUCAAUUGUAUUGACUGAAUUUUAAUUGUUUUUUAAGUUUAUUAUUAUUUUUUUAACUUUGCAAAAUCAUAUGUAGAACUGUAGCCUAACACUAGAGGGCAGCAGAGUGGUAGAAAUGUUUUUUUUUUUUAUAAAUCAGGAAAAGGAAUCUGAAACUAAUAUUUAGAUAGAUUAGUUUAAUAUUAAAUUGGGAAUUCUGAAUUUAAAAAAAAUCUGCUUUAAUGACCUUGAUUUUUUAUUUUCUGUGAAAGCUACAAGAAUGUUUGUAAAUCCAAACAAGGCAUUUAUUCAGAUAAUUGAUGCAUGGAAGAAUAAAUAUAAACAACUUGUCCAAAAAAUAUAGUUGUAUUUAUGUUCGGUUUUAUUUUCAAGUAAAACCUGCAGAUACCAACUCUUUUGGCUGUUUUAUCUUUUCAGUUAAAGACUAACAGGUUGUGUUGUUUUGCUAAUGAAGGUUGGAGAAAGGAGGACAGCAGGCGUGCGGGGCCUCUCUGGAGGAUGUGGAUUAGCAUCACUGUGCUGUGAAUAAACAACAAACAGCGUCCCUCUGAGUUACACAUUUGUGCUGACAGACACACUACAGCUUUUCCAAAUUCUCCUCCACUUAAUCGUUCAUCCUCCUAAGCAUUGCAAAAUAUGCUGCAAAUGGCGCAGAUGCAGAGGACUGAUCUGUCUGGAACACCCCCUGAUUUAGGGAAAAGGUCAUUGUGGGAAUUGGAUGAGGUUGUUUACCAU